AUGCCCAAAAAGCACAGGCAAUCAUUUGCCAAACCAGCCAGCACUCCUCACCACUCACUCACAUCUUCUGGUCGUCAUAAUGACCAAGGUCAACGAUCAGUCACUUCAGUUAACGAUUUGAUCAGCCACCUCCGUCGCACACAAGUGACCAGCUCUCCCGAACAUGACUCACAAGCCUCUUCGUCUGCUCAACGGCCUAUCGAUUCCUUGAGAUCAUUUCACCCAGAUUUACGCAAUAUCUUCGAGCUUCCCGAGACCGCGCCGCCGCGUCCUCGGCCAAACGCACGGCGCAGAGCAAUCGGCGGGCGCCGCGUGCGCAUCAUACCGGGACCCCCGCCGCCUGAAAGCUGGCUAACGGAAGACAGCAAACCCGCCCAAGAAGGAGAAGAUAAUCUGUCUUCGAAGGAAUUCGAAAAACCUAUAUAUCGUCUUGAUCGACUUCCUGGUGCUAUAUUUCCAGGAGAAAAGAGUCUCAGCCACGCAGUCCUAAAGUCUAUGGCCUCGAAUUGGGCCUGGCACCUGGAGUAUGAUGGACCAUUCUUGUCCCAGCUUCCACCUCAUGUGAAGGAUGUCUUGCUCAGCUAUAUUGCUAUUUAUGCGGAUAAACCUCGGGGGUAUCUAUGGCGCAAACAUGGACUGAUGCAGGGGUUGAAGCCGCUAUUCUCAUCCAAGCCUGUCGAGGAAGAAGAUAUAGAUGGGGAUGAUUAUGUGAAUCACGAUGCUGCAGUAACACGACUGGAUUUCAGCUGCGCAUUGGGACGCUGGCUAUCGCUGAAGCAAAUCACCCAUGAGCUUCGUCGCUCUGCGAAAUCUGCGAUCCCUGCUUCUCAGCGCGAUGCAACAGAGGCUAUACCGACUUCUUGGGACGAAGAAGUAGACUCCAACGAGACAGUUUCAACCGCCACUCCCAGCCCCCGAAAGACUUUCAUUCCCAAAGCUCUUGAUCGGCCGUGGUUCCAAAAUCUCCGCUAUCUGUCUUUCGCGCAUCCCGAGCCAAGCUCUGCGAAAUGGGACCCUCUUAUUCAUCUUCUUUCGCGGCUACCUACAAUCACUCAUUUGUCCUUGGCCCACUGGCCUAUACCAUGUCGGUCGUCUAGCAUCUCUCGUUCUCGUGAGCCAAAUAAUGCACUCCGUGACAAUGAGGUCCUGGCUGGCGCAGCCGCGGUUUUACGCGAACUUGCCCGCAGUUCCUACUGUCUGAAAUGGCUUGACAUAGAAGGCUGUAGUGAAUGGAUAGAGGCUCUCACUUUCCAAGGCUUCGACCCCAACGGCCGAGAGUAUAGCAGAGGAGUAUGCGGACCAGAAUGGAACGGGCCUUGGAGAGACAUUGAGUGGAUUGGUCUAGGACCAGGUUUCGAGUGUCCCGACAAUAUACUGGUCGACUUUUCUUCCAGCGGUCCUUCUCAGGAUGAAGAACAGGAACAGAUGCAGAAAAAUCUCCAAAGAGCACGCGAAAACUGGGGAACGCGAUUCGAAGUAGGUCACAAGACAUGGCGCCAGCUGGUGCAGAUUAGGAAAGACGGCCGUGGGAAGUGGAUGUAUACGGAUGUUGACGAGGAGACCUACACCAUUUUCAUGCGAUCCCGUUCCUCUUGA